GAGUCUUACGUCACAUCCGGCGCCAGGACGCCCGAUUCAGGAAGGGGCCGAGUAGUUGUGGCGGCGGUUUCUGUCCAGUUGGUUGGAGUUUCAUCCUUGCUGGAGCGAGUGGGUAGACCGCGGCGUCAUGGUCGAGGAGGUACAGAAACAUUCUGUGCACACACUUGUGUUCAGGUCAUUGAAGAGAACCCAUGACAUGUUUGUGGCUGAUAAUGGAAAACCUGUGCCUUUGGAUGAAGAGAGUCACAAACGAAAAAUGGCAAUCAAGCUGCGUAAUGAGUAUGGUCCUGUGUUGCAUAUGCCUACUUCAAAAGAAAAUCUUAAAGAGAAAGGCCCUCAGAAUGCAUCAGAUUCAUAUGGACACAAACAAUAUCCUGCCAAUCAAGGACAAGAAGUUGAAUAUUUGGUGACAGGUACACAUCCGUAUCCACCAGGACCUGGGGUUGCUUUAACAGCGGACACUAAGAUCCAAAGAAUGCCAAGUGAAUCAGCUGCACAGUCCUUAGCUGUGGCAUUACCUACUUCUCAAGCCAGGGUUGAUGCAAACCGUAGUGCACCUGCUGGAGGUGAAUACCGACACCCUGGGGCUUCUGACCGGUCACAGCCUGCAGGGGCGGUUGUUAUGGACAGUGGCAAUGCCAAGAACUCCGCACUGAUGGCUAAAAAAGCCCCUACAAUGCCGAAACCUCAGUGGCAUCCACCGUGGAAACUCUACAGAGUGAUCAGUGGGCAUCUUGGCUGGGUUCGAUGUAUUGCUGUGGAACCUGGAAACCAGUGGUUUGUUACUGGAUCUGCUGACAGAACUAUAAAGAUCUGGGACUUGGCUAGUGGCAAGUUAAAACUGUCAUUAACUGGGCACAUCAGUACGGUGCGUGGUGUGAUAGUGAGCACGAGGAGCCCGUACCUGUUCUCCUGUGGAGAAGACAAACAAGUCAAAUGCUGGGAUCUUGAGUAUAAUAAGGUUAUAAGGCACUAUCAUGGACAUCUGAGUGCAGUGUAUGGUUUAGAUCUGCACCCAACAAUCGAUGUGCUGGUGACCUGUAGCCGAGACUCAACUGCACGGAUUUGGGAUGUGAGAACUAAAGCCAGUGUACACACGUUAUCUGGACAUACUAAUGCGGUGGCUACAGUGAGGUGUCAAGCUGCGGAACCACAAAUUAUUACUGGAAGCCAUGACACUACAAUACGAUUAUGGGAUUUGGUGGCUGGAAAAACAAGAGUCACAUUAACAAAUCACAAAAAAUCAGUCAGGGCUGUGGUUUUACAUCCAAGACAUUACACAUUUGCGUCUGGUUCUCCAGAUAACAUAAAACAGUGGAAAUUCCCCGAUGGAAGUUUCAUUCAAAAUCUUUCUGGUCACAAUGCUAUUAUUAAUACACUGACAGUAAAUUCUGAUGGAGUGCUUGUAUCUGGAGCUGACAAUGGCACUAUGCAUCUUUGGGACUGGAGAACUGGCUACAAUUUCCAGAGAGUUCAUGCAGCAGUGCAGCCUGGGUCUUUGGACAGUGAGUCAGGAAUAUUUGCUUGUGCUUUUGAUCAGUCUGAAAGUCGGUUAUUAACAGCUGAAGCUGAUAAAACCAUUAAAGUGUACAGAGAGGAUGAUACAGCGACAGAAGAAACUCAUCCAGUCAGCUGGAAGCCAGAAAUUAUCAAGAGAAAGAGAUUUUAAUGUGGCGUUGUCUUCAUGGUGGUUCCAGUUUUGUUUGUUUUUUUUUUAGCUUGGUGUUGAUGGGCAUAUCCAGUCAUUUGUGCUCUAGCUAGUAAUAUAAAGCAAAAACUCACAUGCUUGAAUCAUUGCUUUUUCAUAUUUUACAAUGAACUGUCCUCUCCCCAUGUUUUUAUUUCUAAAAUAAACAGUUUGAGAUCCUAGGAGGUAAGAUGCAGAUAUCAAGCAUAUGUGGGUUUGUUGAACAUAACUAUCCUAAAGAUAGAAUGAUUUAUCACUUUUAUUAAAACACACGUUUUUUUUUUUUAACUUACAGAACUGCUUACUGUAGUAGGACAUGUUUUGAGGGGAGCAGUCUUUCUUUUUAAUCCUUUAAAAACUGGUGUCUGUGACUGAUAAUUUGGGAUUAAAGGAUUUGAAGCGUUAA